AUGCUGCACAAAUCCUACGAAGUCUGGAUUACCUGCGAGGGCGAGCGGCUGCCCGAAUACCAAGCCAAGCCUGAAGGGAAGGACGGGAAGGAGAUCGGGUGCUUCAUUCCGAGCGAGAGUGGCAAGAGUUUCGCGAUCAACUGGAAGGACCAUGCCGCCAAGGACGAUCUCGUGUUCGGCUUCGACCUCGAUGGGAGCCCCUUAUCGCACGGCAAAUGGUGUGCGGCUGGCGGGUCUGGCCAGAAGGCCGGCGUGAUCACAGACGCCAACUCCGAGCAGGCUUUUCUCUUCGCGGAUCUGAAGACUUCUGACGACGAGGCUUUACUUAGCGGGACCGCCUCCCUCCCGGAUAUAGGCUCCAUCCAAGUGAAUGUGAUGCGUCUGGUCCGAGGCUCAACUCGGCAGGUUCCGUUCAUCGCAGACAAGUUCUCUGCAAUCGGUGCCGUCCAUGAGAGAAGCAAAAAAGCGGGCGCACAUAGUGUCUCGCUGGGGAAAGGAGCUUCACUAGGGACCCACUAUCAGACUCUCGCCGCAUACACUCCGCUAGACCCGUCAGAAGGCUAUGUUGCUACAUUUAAUUUCCGAUACAGGCCGCUUGCUCUGUUACAAGCACAAGACAUUGCUCCUCUCGCGAAGCCAGAGCCGAAACCCCCAGCCGCGCCGCAGCAAAACGACAACAGGGCGCUCAAACGUAGUGGAUCCUUUGAAGACCGCCUACCCAAGCGAGCUCGUCAGGAGCCUUCGCGGGAUAUGGGGACAAUCGACCUGUCGGAUGAAGAGGACGUGGAAACGUUGAAGGUAUGUGCGAAACGCACUCUUAUGACGUGGGCUCAACAUGGUACAUGCAUCAGCGCCAGCUGCGCGACCUCCAGAAGAAAGUCUCGAGAGCGGUGUCGAACAAGAAGGCGUCGACAAGUACGAACAAAGUGA